CCAAUUUUGAAACGUCGGCUUGCCCUGUUUUGCUAAGGAAGCGCAUUUAUAGCGAACGACACAUUUACCAAAACUAUUGGAAAAUUCUCACGUUGUUUUCAACGAGCGAUCAAUCACAGAGGAGCUUAUUUGCUGUUUGGAACUGACAACACAAAAGGAGACCAAGCGACGCCCAAGGCGUCACUGCGUUGGAAACAAAACAAAACAGCUGUUUGAGUUUUGUAGUGCUUAUGUACAAACGUUAGUUUUAUAGCAGAAAUAUUUCGAAGAAACAACUAAUUCUGACAUUAAGAUGCCGUCACGUGUGGAAGAUUAUGAGGUUUUGUAUACCAUAGGAUCCGGAUCUUACGGGAAAUGUCAGAAGAUAAGGAGGAAAUCAGAUGGAAAGCUUCUUGUUUGGAAAGAGCUGGAUUAUGGUACCAUGGCAGAAGCAGAAAAGCAGAUGUUGGUCUCCGAGGUGAAUCUCCUGCGUGAACUGAAGCACCCAAAUAUUGUGCGCUAUUACGACCGCAUCAUCGACCGCGGCAACACCACGCUGUACAUCGUCAUGGAGUACUGCGAGGGGGGCGACCUGUCCGGUCUACUCACCCGGUGCAUCAAAGAGAGGCGCUACCUGGAUGAGGACUUCAUCCUGCGGGUCCUGGCACAGCUGGCGCUUGCGCUGAAAGAGUGCCAUCGCCGUAGCGAUGGCGGGCACACCGUCCUGCACCGCGACCUCAAACCCGCCAACAUCUUCCUGGACGCCAAGCAGAACGUCAAGCUGGGCGACUUCGGCCUGGCCCGGAUCCUCAACCACGACACCAGCUUCGCCAAAACCUUCGUCGGGACGCCGUACUACAUGUCUCCGGAGCAGAUGAAUCGGACGUCUUACAACGAGAAGUCUGACAUCUGGUCUCUGGGGUGCUUGGUGUACGAGCUCUGUGCCCUUUCGCCACCGUUCACGGCCUACAAUCAGAAGGAGCUGGCGGAGAAGAUCCGGGAAGGGAAGUUCCGGCGGAUCCCAUACCGCUACUCAGAGGACCUGAACUCCCUGGUGUGCAGAAUGCUGCACUUAAAGGACUACAUGCGGCCGUCGGUCGAGUGCAUCGUGCAGAGCGGCCUGCUGGCGGACGCCGUGUCGGAGGAGCAGCGGAAGGCCGAGCAGCGGAGCCGGCGGAAGUCUGCCGAGCAGGAGCAGCCGAAAGUCGCCGCCGCCGCUCCCGCUGACGCGGCGGGCAUCGCCGUGGCGACGGAGCUCCGGCUGAAGGAGCAGCAGCUGCAGGAGCGAGAGAGGGCCCUAAAGGAGCGGGAGGAGCGGCUGGAGCAAAGAGAACAGGAACUUUGCGCUCGUGAACGGCUGUCGGAUGAGAAGCUUGCAAGGGCGGAGUCUCUCCUGAGGACCUGUAGCCUGGCGCGGCAGCAGAAGGCUCUGGCUCCACUCUACUCCAACGAGCUGAUAGGUGAGCGGGCGGAGUCGCCGUCGCCGGGGAAGAGGAAGGUGCACUUCGCCGGAGACAGCAAGGAGAACCGGCAGCCGGAGCGGCGCCUGAAGCUGAAGAGCCAGGAGCUGAAGAAGAGGCUGCAGGCGGCCAACGUGCGCGCCCAGGCGCUGGGGCACGUGGAGCGCCACUACCAGCUCCAGAGCAGGCAGAUGCUGGGCAUCCGCUAGAGGGGCCUUCAGCUGGGCCGGCGCGGGAAAACAGCAUCAUCAGGCAGGGGGCGGAGCCAGGGCCCCUCACCCCGAGGGCUCAGUCCGCUAACCUGGUCGCCAGACUUCUCUUUUAUAUACCUGGAUGUGAAGGGGAAACUCACCCUUAGUCACGAACAGUCUAAAAGAUCUGUAGGAAUCUGAGGCAUUUUUAUAUAUACUGGUGGAACAUAAUUUUAAAAAAACGAAUGUAGUCAAAUUCUCUUAAACUCUUUUAUAUAGUUAAUAGUGAGAUCCUUGUCCUGUAUGGACCCACCUGGAAUGCAAACUGAAAUGCAUUUAAAACUUUAAUUAUUCAUUAAGGCCUUUGAGGUUGUAACUGGGGAAAGAGGUGUGAAUGGGGAAAGGGAACAGGAAGUGAUGUAAUAGGAAAAAUGCUGAGCGUGCUCAGUAGCAGAAAGCCCUGUUUUGUGGUAACAUUGUUUUAAAGGGAAGGUUUUCCUGCGGUAAGAUGGAUGUGUAGAGCUGGAAUAAUGCCUCAGACGCACAGGACUGUUCUCACCUGAGUGCUGCUGGGAAAUGGCCACAGUAAAAAUGGGAGGAGCUGCCAGGACCUCAGUGAUCUGGACCAAUCAUUGCGUCGGGAAGAGCAAAGCCCUUUUCACUGGUUCAAACAAGUCAGGGAUUGACAUCUAAUUGUAACUCCAUCCGUUUUUGGAUAUUCUCCCGCCCCUACUGUCUGUACCCUGUGGUCGGCUUCCCUGGGCUGUGGUCGCCUCGUCGAAAUGUGGAGAGGCUUGAGAGAGUGAAAUCAAGUCUUCUUUCCUUGUAAAAACCAGUGACUCUGAAGAGGGGGGAUGCACCAUGAUCACUAUAAACCCCCCCCCCCCUCUCUGUUCUGUUUAUUGUACUUGUUGCUGCACAUUUCACUGACCCCCCAACCCCCACAUGGUGGUUCACAGCCUAAAAACAUCAUUUGUUUUUCAGCCUAAUUUUAAAAUCG